GAGAGUACUUCGUGCGUGCAGCGCGUCGUGUCAUACCAGGCAGGGACGAAACGACGUUGAAGUUUUUCUAGCUCACUUCAUCAGCCUCAGCCUUGUCUGAGACUUCACAGUUGCUUGGCCAUCACAUCUCACAUCAUCGACCAUCAUAAGACUCUACUAUAACGGCGAUUCCCUGCCAAAGAGCUUGAUGAUGCUAUUUCUGGCAUUGUGACCUGAAAGAUGCCGUACAUCGACGACGGCUUUGAGGCCCUCCUGGAGCCUUUCUAUGAUGGCAAGAAACUCACAGACCCCAUAUCGACAGCCAAAGACAAAUUCCAGCUCCUACCAGCCUUCCUCAAAGUAAAGGGUCUUGUUAAGCAACACAUUGACUCCUACAAUUUCUUUGUUGAGCACGAAAUUAAGAAUAUUGUGCGUGCAAACCGCACAAUCAGGAGUGAUGUUAACAGCAGCUUCUGGCUUGAGUUCACGGACAUUCGGGUGGGAACCCCGAGUCGACUAGAUUACAAUGAUGCUAGAGCACAUAAUGAGGUGACUCCGAUGGAGUGUCGCCUGCGAGACAUGACAUAUGCAGCCCCAAUCUUCAUUGACAUCGCCUAUAUUCGCGACAAGUCCAAAAUUGUCCGACGUAAUGUGCCUCUUGGCCGCCUUCCCGUCAUGCUCAAGUCUUCCAAGUGCCGCCUCAACGGCGCCACCAACGCCCAAAUGGAGAUGAUGAACGAAUGCCCUCUUGACCCCGGCGGCUACUUCAUCGUGAACGGCACCGAAAAAGUCAUUCUCAUCCAGGAGCAACUCAGCAAGAAUCGUGUCAUCGUCGAAGCAGAUACGAAGAACAACAUCAUCACGGCUUCGGUGACGAGUUCUACCCACGAGCGCAAAACCAAGACGAACAUCAUUCUCAAGAAAGACAAGAUCGUGCUCUCCCACAACGUCUUGGUGGAGCCUGCCCCGAUCGUUAUCGUCCUGAAGGCGCUGGGGGGCUUGUCCGACAUGGAAAUCAUGCAACUGGUCGCGGGUGACGACGGCAGAUACCAGGACGAUUUCAUCAUCAACUUUGACGAGGCUAGUCGGCAUGGUGUCUUUACCCAGCAUCAAGCGUUGGAGUGGAUCGGCGCGCGUGUCAAGAUGGGCGGCAGGAACAGAUUCCAACCUAAUGCCCAGGCCCGCAAGAACCAUAUCGAAGAAGGCCUCGACGCCCUGUCGAAUCUCAUCAUCGCCCAUAUUCCCGUCGAAGGGCUCGAUUUCUAUCCAAAGGCUAUUUACGUCGCCUUCAUGACGCGCCGCGUCCUCAUGGCCCAGACCGACCCCAGCCUCGUUGAUGAUCGAGACUUUGUCGGCAAUAAGCGACUCGAACUCGCGGGCCAGCUGCUUUCCCUGUUGUUCGAAGAUCUUUUCAAGAAGUUUUGCGUCGAUGUUAAGGCCAGUAUCGACAAAGUUCUCAAGAAGGUCAACCGCGCCGUACCUCUGGAUGCGGUCACCAUGAUCAGUAACCACGCCAACAAUAUCGGCCAGGGAAUUAACAGGGCCAUCCAGACAGGAAAUUGGACGGUAAAGCGGUUUAAUAUGAGCAAGGCCGGUGUCACCCACGUCCUUAGUCGUCUCAGCUACAUCAGCGCCUUGGGCAUGAUGACCCGUAUCAACAGCCAGUUCGAGAAGACACGCAAAGUCAGUGGACCCAGAGCUCUCCAACCGUCGCAGUGGGGCAUGUUAUGUCCGUCAGACACGCCCGAAGGCGAGGCAUGCGGUCUGGUUAAGAAUUUGGCGCUGAUGACACAUAUUACCACCAAUGUCGAGGAAGAACCGGUCAAACACUGGGUAUUCACGCUCGAUAAUGAUAUCGAACCGGUCAGGAACUUCUCGGGGAGCGAGAUGCAUCGCGAGGGAUCCUUCGUCAUCUAUAUCAAUGGCACUCCCUUUGCCUUGACUCGUAACCCGAAGCGACUCACGUCCAGAUUCAGGACCAUGAGACGGCGGGGCUACAUAUCUCCUUUUGUCAGCAUCAACAUCAACAAUCACUUCAGCGCGGUGCACAUCGCCACCGACGAAGGACGCAUUUGCCGACCUUACCUCAUUGUAAAAAAUGGAACCCCAAUGAUUAACGCGGAGCAGCUGCGCCUCCUGCAACUCGGGAAGGUCACUUUCGACGAUUUCCUCAGGAACGGCGUGGUAGAGUACCUCGACGUCAACGAGGAGAACGAUACGUUGAUCGCGCUCUACGAGAAGGAUGUCAACCGGAGCACCACACAUCUGGAAAUUGAACCGUUUACUAUUCUUGGUGCUGUGGCCGGCCUCAUCCCCUUCCCCCACCACAACCAAUCUCCCCGCAACACGUACCAGUGUGCUAUGGGCAAGCAAGCGAUAGGGGCCAUCGCUUAUAACCAAUUCAACCGUAUCGACACGCUUCUGUACACGCUGGUCUACCCGCAGCGACCCAUGGUCAUAUCCAAAACGAUUCAGCUCGUACACUACGACAAACUGCCGGCAGGACAGAAUGCGACCGUUAUCGUCAUGUCCUAUUCGGGCUAUGAUAUCGAGGACGCCUUGGUUCUGAACAAGGCUUCGUGCGACCGCGGGUUCGGGCGCUGUCAGGUGUUCCGCAAGUACGCGACGGAGAUGCAGAAAUAUCCCAACGGGCGGCGUGAAGUCAUCGGCGACCCGGGGUACGAGGGCGACCCCAAAGAGCGGAAGAGGGCGGUUAAGCACCAAGCUCUGGACAACGACGGCCUUGCCAUGGUUGGGUAUCAGAUCCGCUCUGGCGAGGUCAUGGUCAACAAGCAGACGCCACUGGAUACCGGCUCGACCAACAUCGGAAACGACAUGGGCCCGAGCGGGUUCCGCGAUUCGUCGAUAUCAUACCGGAUUGCCGACCCUGCGUACAUCGACAAGGUGAUGAUCUCAGAGAGCGAGAAGGAGAACAUGGUGGUCAAGGUGCAAACGCGACAGACAAGGCGACCCGAACUGGGCGACAAGUUCUCGUCCCGUCACGGGCAGAAGGGUGUCGUGGGCAUCAUCGUGGAUCAAGAGGACCUGCCAUUUGCCGACAGCGGGCUGGUGCCGGACAUUAUCAUGAAUCCGCAUGGUUUCCCGUCGCGCAUGACGGUCGGCAAGCUGCUCGAGUGCCUGACGGGCAAGGCGUCCGUGCUGGACGGACGGAAAGACUACGGCUUCGGCGACGCGUUCCGGUCGCACCCGGUGGAGGAGAUGAGCAAGGUGCUGGUGGACCACGGGUUCUCGUGGGAGGGCAAGGACUACUUCACGUCCGGGAUUACGGGCGAGCCUUGCGAGGCGUACAUCUUCAACGGGCCCAUCUACUAUCAGCGGCUCAAGCACAUGGUGCAGGACAAGAUGCAUUCGCGGGCGCGCGGUCCGCGGGCCAUUCUGACCAGGCAGCCCACGGAAGGACGAUCGCGCGACGGUGGUUUGCGGUUGGGAGAGAUGGAGCGCGAUUGUCUGAUCGCGUACGGUGCGUCGCAGCUCCUUCUGGAGCGGCUGAUGAUCAGCUCCGACGGCACGUCGAUUGAUAUAUGCCAGCAAUGCGGUCUCUUCGGGUACAAGGGGUACUGCCACACCUGCCGAAGCACGAAGGAUGUGACGCAGAUGACCAUGCCUUAUGCUGCCAAGUUGUUGGUCCAGGAGCUGAUCAGUAUGAACGUGGGCGUCAGGUUGCAGUUGGAGGACGAAUUUCCGCAUCCGAGGUAGCUAUGAUUAUGCUUAGGAAGCAGGUUUAUGAUGUGUAUAGGUAGUAAUCUCGUACUAUAAGCAAGGAACAAUAGACAGAAUACAAACAAAGUAUAUGAGGCACAAAAC